AUGAACGAUCUAAAUCAGGAAAUCUCUAGCGCCGGCCCAAGCAACCCUCAACGAACGUCAUCGCUAAUUCCCGAUUUCGAUCCUGACAGCGACGAUUGCACGGUGUCGGCCUGGAUAAAUAAGAUCGAGCAAUUGGGAGAGAUAUAUACAUGGAGUGACACAGUAAUGGCAUUCUACCUUCAAGACAAGCUACGCGGUCAGGCUCGCAAAUGGUAUAAUCGACUCGAUGAUUAUGAUCAUACGUGGCAAGAAUGGAAAGUCUUGUUGCUACGCGCAUUUCCGAAGCAUCGAGAUUACGGUUCUUUGCUAGAGGAAAUGAUGCAAAGGAAAAAGCUACCUAAUGAAUCUAUGACCAAAUAUUAUCAAGAUAAAGCUACAUUAUGUUUUAGAUGUAAGCUAUCGGAUGCUGCUAGCGUGUCAUGUAUAAUACGCGGCCUACCCGCUUCCUUGCAACCUAACGCACUUGCUUUUCAAUGCGAACGUCCUGAUGAACUUUACGAAGGGUUCCUUAGCGCAAUGGAUGACUAUCGGGGACAAUCUGUCACCCGCCCGCAAUGCAAAGAGAACCAACCUUUUACUGUCCCAAAAGUUUAUGAAAACGACCCGUGCCCACGAUGUAAGAAGGUUGGUCACAUGCUGCGUAAUUGUUCCAUGCCAGAUCUACGCCUGUGUUAUAAAUGCGGUAAGCAAGGACAUAUAGCCACAAAAUGUGAUACUUCGAUUUUAAACUCGGCCGGUGGUGGUGUUAGAGACAUAAAAUUAAUUCAAAAUUACAACGAUACCUACAAAAAAACAGCUCAAGUAGAUGGCAUUUAUAUCAAAUCAUAUCUGGAUACUGGUAGCCAAGUAAAUGUAAUGAGCGCGAAGAUUUCUACUGCCCUUUCCUUGAAAGUCAUACCAACGAAAAUAAUACUUAAAGGAUUUGCCGGCGGUUUAAUUACAUCCCGCGGGAAAGUUCAAAUAAAUCUGAAAAUAGAUAACGUGGAAAUGUCUAGUGAAGCUUACUUGACAGACGCAGAGAUGGGUGACGUAGACCUAUUGAUUGGACAGCCUGUCAUUAACGCGGGAAACGUGACAUUGACGGUUGAAAAUGGCGCGGCCACUCUGAGAUUAAUUGAGAAUUGUGAUUUUCUAUCUAAAAUUAAUGACAUUAACAAAUUGGGAAAGUAUAUCGUCGUCACGGCUGCCAAAGAAACUUUACCCCCGGGAACGUCAAUUAUCCGAGUAAGAGUUGAAGGAAACCGCGAAGACAACAAUGUAUGCAGUGCUAUGCGACAUUAUGAGUUUGGAGAUAUCUCUUACUCUUUACCAGCUACGCUUCUGCGAGGCAAUUUGGGUUACAUAAAGAUAAUCAACAGCGGCCAAAAGGACAUAACAUGGGACGCCAGUCAAAUCCUCACGCGGGCAGAGGAUUGCUCAGAGCCAGCCAUAGAUAGCCAGGUUAGCCUUCCUUAUUUUACUAACUGUGUGCAAUCUGUGUUACAUUUAAAGCCUGAAGAUACUAUUGGGGGUGUUCAAAUAGCAGAUAUGAAUAUUGGUAAAAUAACAGACAGUGAAUAUUUACAAUUAAUAGAAUUGUUAGUUAGAUUUAAGGAUUGCUUUGCUAGGGGUACUGACGACCUUGGUUGUACUAAUCUCAUUUCAAUGCCAAUCAAUCUCACCACUGAAAAGCCUAUUUAUCGCCAUCCCUAUCGGUUAUCACAUUGUGAACAGGACAUUGUAAAAAGUAAAAUUACCGAAUUGUUAAAUGCAGGUAUUAUCAAAGAGUCCGAAUCAAGUUAUGCAUCUCCUGUUGUUUUAGUUAAGAAAAAGAAUGGUGAUAGGCAUUAUGAAUAUACUAGAGUGCCAUUUGGGUUAGCAAAUUCACCCGCAGUGUUCAUGCGACUAAUUAGUAGGAUAGUGAGUUCAAUCAAUAAUAGCCUCGAAGACUCAUGUGAAGUAUUAGCGUUCUUAGACGAUAUCUUGUUACCUUCAACAAGUGUUAAGGGUGGCCUUAAAAUGUUAGAAAUAUUACUUAGUAAAUUUAAAUUAGAAAAUCUUAAAUUAAAUAUGAAUAAAUGUUCAUUUUUGCAACAAAAAGUUACUUAUCUGGGUCAUGAGAUCUCUGAACAUGGAGUACAACCCGCAGAACAUAAGCUCAAUGCAGUUUCACAAUUUUCAGCACCCAAAAAUGUACAUGAAGUUCGGCAGUUUAUAGGGUUGUGCAGUUAUUUUAGGAAAUUCAUCUAUAAGUUUGCUCAAAUAGCUCGUCCAUUAACUGAUUUAACUAAGAAGGAUGUAGCUUGGAAUUGGGGCACUACUCAGGCGGAGAGUUUUGUAGAAUUAAAGAAACGCUUGUGUUCUAAACCUGUGUUAGCUUUAUAUGAUCCUUCUCUCGAGAUUGAGAUUCAUACAGAUGCCUGUAAGGCCGGGAUAGCAGGCAUCCUUUUACAAAAACAACUUGAUAUCACUUUGAGGCCAGUCACGUAUUUUAGUCGCAUAACAUCUAAACAUGAGAGUAUGUACCACAGUUAUGAACUCGAAACGCUUGCUGUUGUUGAAUCACUACGGAAGUUUCGAAUUUACAUAGUAGGUAAAAGAGUAAAGGUAGUCACUGACUGUACAGCCGUUCGUUCGACCUUAACUAAACGCGAUUUAAUUCCUCGAAUUGCAAGAUGGUGGUUGAUGAUACAGGAUUACGACCUUGAUAUUGAAUACAGACCCGGAGAACGAAUGAGACACGUUGAUGCUUUAAGUAGGAACGCAUUAAAUACGGUCAAUGUGUAUAGGUUGGGGUCUGAAGAUUGGUUUUAUACGGUUCAGAUACAGGAUGAAAAAGUCAAAAGUAUUAUCGAUCAAUUAAAAUCGGGCGCCGCAGAUAAGGACAUAGUUAGGGACUUCGUAGUUAUUAACGAUAGAUUAUAUAGACAGACUAUUAACGGAAAUAGGCUUGUUGUUCCUAGGGUAGCUAGGUGGAAAAUCGUUCAAAUGCAUCACGAUGAUAUAGGACAUGUAGGAAUAAAGCGUUGUACAGACUUAAUCAAAAAUGAUUAUUGGUUUCCGAAAAUGAGUCGUUUUAUUAAAAAAUAUGUGACGGCUUGCUUACACUGUGCGUAUGGAAAGGGUGAAAAUGGUAGGCGAGAAGGGCUACUACAUCCCAUUCCUAAACCUGCCGAGGCGUUUAGAGUAAUUCAUGUGGAUCAUUUAGGUCCAUUUUGCAAAACAAAGAAAGGAUAUAGUUACAUGUUAGUUAUGACUGAUGCAUUCUCGAAGUUUGUAGUUGCGGAACCAACCCGAACCCUAAAUUCUAUUGAGACAAUAAGAGUACUAAAAAAAGUUUUUAGUUUGUUUGGUUACCCCGAUAGAAUAGUCUCGGAUCAUGGUAAAGCGUUCACUAGCAGGUACUUUAAAAAAUUUGUCACAGAAAAACAAGUAAAGCACACUCUAACUACUAUUGCGUGCCCUAGGGCAAAUGGGCAAGUGGAACGAACCAAUCGAACUAUACUUAACGCAUUACGCGCUACAGAUCCAAGCGAAGCGGCGAACAAUUGGUCAAAUAGCAUUUGCGAUGUGAUAUGGGGCAUCAAUAACACUUUAAAUGAUAGUACGGGGUUUAAGCCGUUUGAUCUGAUGUUUUCCCGAAAUGCUAGGUCUGUAUGCGAUGUUUCAAUUCCGGGGCGAGUAUUUGAGUCGACUCAAGACAAACGUCGAAAAGCUAAACAACGUUUGGAUAAAGCUAGCUCUAAAAUGAAACGUAAUUUUGAUAAGUGUAGAAAAAAAAGUCGUGUGUAUAGUAAGAAUGAUCUGGUUUUGUGGAAACAGGCUCCGACGAGUAGUGCCGCCAAGGUCAAUACCAAACUAGAUGACAUUUAUUCAGGUCCAUACAUUGUAACUAAAGUACUAGGUAAUGAUAGGUAUAAAAUCAGAAGUAUAAAGGGGGUACGUGGGUAUAAAAGUUUUAUGGGGUUAGUUUCUGCUGACGCAUUACGUCCUUAUCGAAGUAUAGCCCCAGUAUCUGAAAGUGACUCUAGUGGUGACGAACAAGUAGAAACUGAGGAUUUGAUUGAUUUACUAGAAAGCUAA